AUGGCGGCCUUUCCUCCACCACCAGCAGCUACGAUCGACUGGGCCAAUGGUGGGUUCCGCGUACGCGAAGUCAACGGCCACGUGGAGUCGCACUACACAAAGGAAACAGGCCAGUGGUCAGCACCGGUGUUUGUGGAGGAUCCGUAUGUGCGAAUCCAUGGGAUGGCGCCGGCGCUCAACUACGGACAGCAGGCGUACGAGGGUCUGAAGGCGUUUCGGACGCCUGGUGACCAGGGGAUCCAGAUAUUCCGGGCGGACAAGAAUGCGGAGCGGCCGCAGCGGUCAGCGGAGGUGAUCUCGGUUCCGGCGGUGCCGACGGCGCUGUUCCUGGACGCGGUGCACGCAGCGGUGGCGCGCAAUGCAGAGUUUGUGCCGCCACACGAGACGGGGGCGGCACUGUACAUCCGGCCGCAGGUGUAUGGAACGAGUGCGCAGCUGGGUCUGAGUCCGCCAGAGGAGUAUGCCUUUCUGGUGUAUGUUCUGCCAACGGGAGUGUACCAUGGCACGGCGCCGGUGCGGGCGCUGGUGGUGGACGAUUUUGAUCGCGCGGCGCCUCAGGGAACCGGCCACGUCAAGGUAGGCAGCAACUAUGCGCCAGUGCUUCGAUGGAGCGAGCAGGCGCGGCGUGACGGCUACGGCAUCACGCUGCAUCUGGAUAGUGUCCGACACGAGGACGUGGACGAGUUCAGCACGAGCGGCUUUAUCGGGGUGAAGAGGGGCGACGGUAACGACGACAUCACGCUGGUCUUCCCCGACAGCCAGUGCGUCAUUGCAAGCGUCACCAGCGACAGCGUGCAGAAGAUAGCCGGCCGCUUCGGCUGGGCGGUGCUGGCCACCGGCACGGCCGCUGCCUUGGUGCCGAUCCAGUCCAUCACGCGACGCAUCGACAGCGGCAGCCCGGGCUCCCUUGCAGCAGCCCAGCCGUCGCUCCGGUCGCAUCCACGCGUGCGGCUGGACGGCAGCGGCGAGGAGACGAUCACGUAUCUGCCGGCAGACCAGCCGGAGGCCGGACCGGUCUGUCUGCGGCUGCUGGCACAGCUCAAGGGCAUCCAGCAGGGCUCGGUGGUAGAUCCGUUCGGCUGGGUAACGGCGGUGACAGCAUCAGAUCUAAAUAAGGCGGGGGAAUGA